UUUGAAGAGAAAUUUCUAGACUCUGCAGAAGAUUUAGAAAAGUUAAGAAAUUAUGGGUAUUUGAUGUUCCAGCAAGUGCCAAUGGUUGAGAUUGACGAGAUGAAGCUGGUGCAGACCAGAGCCAUUCUCAACUACAUUGCCAGCAAAUACGACCUCUAUGGGAAAGACAUAAAGGAGAGAGCCCUGAUCGACAUGUAUGUAGAAGGUAGGGCAGGUUUGAGUGAAAAGGUUCAUUACUCAUUGCGUCCACCUGAGGAUAAAGAGACAAUGCUUGCCCCGAUCAAAGACGGAACAACAAGCCGUUAUUUUCCUGCCUUUGAAACAGUGUUAAAGAACCACGGACAAGACUACCUCACUGGCAAUAAGCUGAGCCGGGCUGACAUUCACCUGGUAGAACUUCUAUACCACAUGGAAGAGCUUGAUCCCAGCCUCAUCUCCAACUUCCCUGGGCUGAAGGCCCUGAAAACCAGAAUCAGCAAACUCCCCUCAGUGAAGAAGUUUCUGCAACCUGGCAGCCAGAGGAAGCCUCCCACAGAUGUGAAACUUUUAGAAGAAGCAGGGGAGGUGUUCAAGAUUUGA